AAUUUCCACGAUAAAAAUAGGAAUUGUUUGGCAUCACGGCUAAGAAAUCUGCCAGUUUAGCAUUCGGCGCUUCUAGGUGCGGGAGUCGCCCCGGAAUUUGAGUUUGUGUGAAGCGGGCGAUUUUUAUUUACUCGCAAGUGCACGUGGAAUGGACGCAUCAAACAGGUAGCAAAUAAAUUGGCUCCCGUCUGAAUUGUAUUGAUCACGUGUUUUUGUCUAAUUGGUCGAUUAAUUAUACCGAAAUGCCGUACUAUUCGGAACUUGGAAUAUAUAUGAGUCCUACUAGUAGUUACACGGGCUCAUAUAUACCCGGUCCUUAUUCCAAUCAUUCCUCUUUGCUGGCCUCAAAUUUCACGAGGCCGCCUCCUUCCCUGCUCAAGCCGCGCAAUUUUCGCGGGUACAAGCCCCUGCUCGCGACCAUCACCGAGAACCAGUCGCCCUUAAGGCGGUACAAUUCGCCCAAGUUGCGAGGGCACACCUCGCCCAAAGUUAUAGUGGCCAAGCCCAUCAAAAUAAACACAGCUGAUAUCGACGUUUCCGUGAACAAGUACAGGAAGUAUGAGCGGCCUAAGCCCGUACAAGACAAAGUUGAGAGGAAAUCGCCAAGUCCCAGCGACACUCUAGACAGUCCACGGAGCUCAGAGAAGGAAGCAAAGCCCAACAAAACCAUCCGAAGGGACAGGCCAACGGUUCGCCUCCACACCGUCCACUGUGACAUGAUAGCACCCGACAACGGUGCAAACACCAGGAGUUGGAGGGACAACUUCGAGCCAGAAGAACUGAAAACCGAGGAGAAGAAGCCCAAAAAGACACCCGGUGAGCUCCUCAAGGAGAAGUUUUUGAUUCGCAGUCGGGAGGACAUCUUCAAAGCGCCCGAGAAGAAGGUGAGUAGACGGGCGUCGAAGAAAACAAACGUGCAAAAAACGCCGAGCUUUCACGACAUCUGCCAAGCCAUAACCACCGACCAAAUCGACGAAGAGCUAAACCCUGGCCAGCCCAUCGAAAUACAAAGACGCCAAAGUCGGCAAUUUGCAAGCGAAAACCUCCUCAAAGACCUAAGACGCAACUCCGGCGAUUUGACCAACGAAGUUGAGCUUCUGAACCGGCGAAACGCCGAGCUUUCUGACACGCGUGGAAGCGUCAAGCGGCGGAAGAAACUGACCAAGAAGAAGUCCAACGAGAAAGUGGUCCUCACCGAACCUGACGGCAACAAAUCGCAGCUUCAGCGAAGACCAACUCAGAAGAAAAUCCGCCGGACUUCCACCAGCAGCAGCGUGGGGAGCGACAUUGUCGAUGUUAGUCCUGAGACUGAGAAGGCGUACCAAGAGGCGAUUCGUGACAUUUCCCAGGUUGAGAUUGAAAAUAUCAAAAUUAAGCCUAAGCCUAUUAUUACUGCAACGGUUGAUGUGGAAGAGAAACCAGCCUUGAAGGUGGUUGUGGACGAGAUUGAAGUGGUGGAGUCGCCGAAGCCGAAAAAGGGUAACAAGUUUAAGUUUAACGUGAUUGUUGAGGAGAUUGACACGAAACGGACAUCGAUGAAGAAGCCUCAAACCAAAGUUGAGGAAAAGGUGCACGUGCCGAAGGCCAAGGAACCUUUGGUGUCGAAUAUUUUGAGGAAGAACAGCAAUGCGCACCUUGGCAACAUUUUGGAAGAAGCUGUUAACAAGAGUGAAGCCGAAGUGAAGAAAAGUGACAGUGCGGAAGAAAUGAAGAAAGUUGUAGUGGUAAAGACAAUUUCGAAGAAAGAAGAUAAGGAACCUGUUCAGAUCAGAAAAACUGACAGUGAUGAUAAAGUUGUGGUGUCUAAAGAAGUUGCACAGGAAAGAGCAAAUCAAGAUCAAACUUCUGGUCAACAAUUGAAACAAUCUUCUAGUGUUCCAGAUAUGGAAAUGAAGAAAAACGAAGUAGGAAAACCAAAAGAAGAUGAAAAAUCAACAUCUGCAAAGAAAGUGGAAGCUCCGUUAAAGAAAGAAUUGAGUCUCGACAAAGUGAAAAAGGAAGAUGAAAAAUCAACGGCUGCGAAGAAAGCUGAAUCUCAACUGAAGAAAGAUUCGAGUAUCGAGAAGAUUACAAGCGGCAAUGUAGUAAAACUUAAAGAACAUGAGGAAUCAACGACUGUGAAGAAGAUUGAACCUGAAUUGAAGAAAAAUCUGAGUCUUGAAAAGAUAAACGACAAAGUAGAAAGACCAAAAGAAGAUGAAAAAUCAACGGCUAUGAAGAAAGUUGAACCUCAAUUGAAGAAAAAUUUGAGUCUUGAAAAGAUAAACAUCGACAAAGUUGAAAAACCUAAAGAAGAUAAACCAACGGUUGUGAAGAAAGUUGAACCUCAAUUGAAGAAAAAUUCGAGUCUUGAAAAGAUAAACAAUGACAAAGUAGAGAUACCAAAAGAAGAUGAAAAAUCAAUGGCUGUGAAGAAAGUUGAACCUCAAUUGAAGAAAGAUUUGAGUGUUGAAAAGAUAAACAACAACAAAGUAGAGAUACCAAAAGAAGAUGAAAAAUCAACGGCUGUGAAGAAAGUUGAACCUCAAUUGAAGAAAAAUUCGAGUCAUGAAAAGAUAAACAUCGACAAAGUAGAAAAACCAAAAGAAGAUGAAAAAUCAACGGCUGUGAAGAAAGUUGAAACCCAGUUGAAGAAAGAUUUGAGUGUUGAAAAGAUAAACAACAAUAAAGUAGACAAACCAAAAGAAGAUGAAAAAUCAACGGCUGUGAAGAAAGUUGAAUCUCAAUUGAAGAAAAAUUCGAGUCUUGAAAAGAUAAACAACGACAAAGUAGAAAAAUCGAAAGAAGAUGAAAAAUCAACGGCUGUGAAGAAAGUUGAAACCCUAUUGAAGAAAGAUUCGAGUCUUGAAAAGGUAAAAAUUAACAAAGUUGAAAAACCAAAAGAAGACGAAAAAUCAACCGUUGUGAAGAAAGUUGAACCUCAAUUGAAGAAAAAUUCGAGUCUUGAGAAGAUAAACAACAACAAAGUAGACAAACCAAAAGAAGAUGAAAAAUCAUCAAUCCAGUUGAAGAAAGAUUUAAGUGUUGAAAAAAGUGACAAAGUUGAAGUCAAAAGUAGUUCUAUCGUUGGUAAAACCAGUUCAAAGAAAGAAAAAUCAGAUGAUGAGUUAGGUCAGCAGAGCAAAAUUCCCUCAAAGCUUGAUAAUAAACAACCAACAAGUCAAGAUGCCGCCAAAGCCCCAGAAAGUCCCAAAACACUUAAACCAAGCUUGAAGAAAACAGUAGGAGAGCCACUGAAAAAAUCAACCAGCGUUAAAAUUAUUGAAGAAACGAAGAAAAGUCCAGCUCCAGACGAACUGAAAAAAUCAAGCAGUGCCCAAAAAAUCGAAGAAACGAAGGAGAAUGAAGAAGAAAACUUCUGGGCUGCGAUUGGACCCCGCGAAAGCGUCUACACUUCAGCCCGGAAACCGUUAAGUCCACCCCAAAAACCGGAAGAAAAGGACGACGAGUUAAUCCCAGCCAAGGCAAUGCCGUCAAAGCGUUCAUUGGUCAACAAGGCUAAUAAAGAUGACCCGGAUUUGGAGGUGUUUAUCCCGCCCCCGGAGCCCGAGCCGGAGCCGGAACCCGAACCCGAGCUGGAACCCGCCUUCGUCCCUCUCCAGUCCAACCGUUUGUCCCAAUUUAUGCACCCGUUUAAAAAACCCGAACAAUUCGAUGAAUGUCCUGUUGAAAUUUACGCGACUCCGAAAGUAAUCCGCCAUAGACAUUAUCCGCGACCGCGACAUCCGCCGCCCCCGGUCGAAAAGUCCGAGAGCGAAGAAGAAGAAGAAGACGAAGAAAGUGAAGAAGAAACAACGUCGAGUGAAGAGACGUCGUCAUCUGACGAUGAAUAUGACGUCAAUGUGGUGUAUGGCAAUAACAAAGUUGGUGCAAGUACGUCUUCCAAUGACUCUGGCUUUGAUUCGGGCGUCCCUGGCAGUAGAAAUAAGGGAUCAACCGAAACCCGGGACUCCCCGACUUCCAACCCCGCAAACAACCCUGCCCUAGCUCUAGACUCAAACGAAGUCUUGGAAGAGUAUUCCCACUCCAGCACUUUUGCCAGCUUCCAGAAAAGUGGCAGAAUAACACCACCAGCUACGACAAUUCCACGAUUUAGAAAAUACGGUGUCGAAGACUUCAAUUUCCUCAAGGUUCUGGGCAAAGGAAGCUUCGGAAAGGUUCUCUUGGCAGAGCUGAAAAACACCGAAUAUUAUUAUGCCAUAAAGUGCCUGAAAAAAGACGUCGUUUUGGAAGACGACGACGUUGAGUGCACCCUAAUUGAAAGAAAAGUCCUGGCUUUGGCAACGAAACAUCCAUAUUUAUGCCAUUUAUUAUGCACCUUCCAAACCGAGUCACAUUUAUUCUUCGUGAUGGAGUAUCUAAACGGCGGCGACCUCAUGUUUCACAUCCAAAAGUCGGGCCGAUUUCCCGAAGCCCAGGCCCGCUUCUACGGCGCUGAAAUCGUUUCAGGCCUGAAAUUUCUCCACAACAAAGGCAUUGUUUACAGGGACUUAAAACUCGACAAUAUUUUGUUGGACUUUGACGGUCAUGUGAGGAUAGCAGAUUUUGGCAUGUGCAAGCUUCAGAUAUUUUUGGACCGAAUGGCCGAUACGUUUUGUGGCACUCCUGAUUAUAUGGCACCUGAAAUAAUUAAAGGACAACACUACAACCAGUGUGUUGAUUGGUGGUCAUUCGGUGUACUUUUGUACGAAAUGUUGCUAGGUCAGUCACCUUUCAGUGGCUGUGACGAAGACGAAUUAUUCUGGUCCAUUUGUAACGAGAAACCAGUGAUUCCCCGGUUUUUGUCACAAGAAGCGAGCGCUGUUCUACAACUGUUUUUGGAAAAAGACGGAAACAAACGAUUAGGAAAUAGGUUUUGCCCAGCUGGUGAUAUCCAAGACCAGCCGUUUUUCAAGCCCAUCCAGUGGGACAAACUCGAGGCCAGGCUUUUAGAACCUCCCUUUAAACCCAAUUUGCAACACCCGUUAGAUACGCAGUACUUUGACAAAACUUUCACGGCCGAAAAAGCCAAAUUGACCCCAAUCGAACAAAACAUUUUGCAAUCGAUGGAUCAGACCCAGUUUCAAGGUUUCAGUUACACCAACCCCAACGCUACGGACAAGUGAGCCAGCUUGUGCAAAAAUUAGCAAAGUCGGUUCGUCUCGUUAAGAGACAUAAUCUGGUGGUUGAUUAAUGUUCCUAUGUGAUUGAAUUUCGCCCCAAGACUUUCGGAAUGAAAGUGCCACCAUCGAAUGAUUUUGUAGAGUUUUAUUGUGUACCUUUCUCUUUUUAUAUAAUGGUAUUUGUACUUAUUUUAGACACACGAAAAGUAUUUUUGUCCAAGUAUUGUAUCAAUGUGACUUGUGCCAGGUGAGAAUUACUUAAUUAAUAAAUUCUAUACCGAA